AUGACGGAAGUAUCUGACAUCAUACGCAAUUUUGAUAAAACUGUGUUAUAUGCAUUUCGUUUUGGAACAUCUGAUAAACUUGUUCAUCUCACUCAAGAAGAGCUUAAUCGUAUUCCUUAUUUAUCCAAUAUUGUGACACAUAAAGAUGAUCUUUUAUCACCGCAAAAUGAAAAUGGUGAAUAUGUAUUGAGCCAUCCAAUAGAGUAUAAUUGGUACAUGGCAAUUUUUCACUCAAUUAUCUCCAGACAACCAUAUACAUUAUUUAACGAACUAGCAGAAGCGAAUAAUAUUUUGGAUGCACUUCAACUCUUUGAUUAUCUAGGCAUCGAUCCAUUUCCUCUACCUCUUCUAAAAGGCAGAUCCUUAGUCCUAUCAAAUCCAGUCAAAGUCAAAAAUGAUGAAGAACGUAUUUUAUAUCAGAAGGCAAAUAUCUCAGAGGCACGGCAGACCGCUGCAGAGUUCAUCAUAGCUCUUAGUAAAAAUGAAUAUGAUUUACAUAAUUUUGACACAGUAAAUAAUAUUUUUUCUUUGGUCAACAUCAUUCUCUCCAAUGCAGCUGUUUUUAAUUCACGGUUUCGUCAUCAUACGUUAAUAGUGGUAAAAGAAUGUUGUUAUUCAUUCUUUUCUAAAAAGCAACAACAUCUACUACCUAACGCUCAACAAAUUGCUAAUCAUAGUAAGAUUGAUACCUUAAUGUAUUUGUACGACGAUGAUAAACCUGUUCCUGAUGAUUUUUCAAAUACGUUUGCUUGGAGAGGUGCCUACGCGUUAAAAGAUCAUCCUAUACCAGAUAAAGCGAAUCCUAGGAAAAGUUUCAUGUGGCCAUUUGAAAAUUUUCUAAUACUUGAGAUGUAUCACAUUAUUACCACCCGUGAAGAAUUGGCUAUUUAUCAGCAUGAACAAUAUCUGAAGCACAAUGAAGCACAAGCAGCUCGAUCAGGACGUUUCAAUACAUUACCUAAACGACCAAAGAUUGACAAAUUCAAACAUCGAUUUAAUUUGAAAGCUCAAAAAUAUCGUUAA